ACGCACGCGUGCGUCGUGGCAGCAGGCUUACGGUGUCAGUUCCGCGGCUCGUAUUAUUAUCAGCGGACGCGGGUCGAACCGAGCCGCGCGGCCUGUCCCAGAUUUUCAGUCGCGCGUACUCGCGACAGCGCGCAGGCUGGCGAAGCCUGUCGAUCGCGAGCCGAUCCUAGAUCGGGUCCAUCCUCAGAACGGUUUCGCGGUCGAUCGAGCGCGGAACGAUCGUCCAGGCCCGCGGUCGCGCGAUCCACGAGCAUGUUUCCGGAUACCGGGGACACGUAGCAGAGGACGCGUGCCGCAGCUGCAUUCUGCAUCGAGAUCACCCGAGAUUGCACCUGUGGCCGAGGCGCCGAGCCGCGCCGCGCCGGUGGACGCGCGUCAUGUCAAUUGCCGUUGCUGCAGCCACCGUCCAGAGCUCCGAGGGCUGACAGGGGACGGCGAUGGAGGACGAGGACUUCGGGUUCACCAAGAGGGACGACGCUGUCCUCAGAAACGUCAAACAGUUCGACGGAGUGGAGCACAGGCUCUCGACCAUGAAGGCGGGAGAGAUCGUUGGUGGGUCUGGAUCGGUGAUGACAGCGCCGUUAUCCGGGGCGACCGAGGCCGGAAACGCCGUCCCUGAGCGGGCAGCGACCGCCUCUUCGUCCUCUCCGGCUUCCUCAGUCGUUUCCAACCCGCCGAACAUACCGAACGUGGUCGAGUAUCACCUGAAAGUGAAGCCUGGACAGACGCGGAGAGCCUGCCAGUUAGAUAACAGUCCAAGAAGCCAGGACGAGAUGAAGAAAGAGAAGAGCCCCGUGUCGUCCGCCGACAAAAAGAAGGACCUUGUGUCGAGGCUGUCCCGGCUGUCCAUCGACAACAACGUUUUCGAGGGCUCCACGGACCUGCCUCAGGUGUUUCAGGUGAAAUAUUUGGGCUCGCAUGACGCGAGGGGCCUCUGGGGCAUCAAGCACACGAGGAGGCCCGUCGAUAACAUGGUUGCUGCCGCGAAGGCCUUACCGACCAACACCAUGCUGCCACUGAUCAAGCUGGUCGUCUCGCAAGACGGCGUAGCUCUGCUGCCGCUGGAGAAGAGGAAGCAGGAGGGCAACAUCACCAGAAUGUACGCCAUCGAGACGAUCUCGUACGGCGUCCAGGACCUCGUCUACACCAGGGUCUUCUCCAUGAUCGUGGUCAGGGAGACGGAGAACUUCCGCAGGGUCUCGCCGUUCGAGUGCCACGGGUUCGUCUGCGAGUCGAAGCACCACGCGAGACAGUUGACCUACGCGCUGGCCACCGCCUUCGAGAUCUACUCGAGGACGGUGAAGGCGCAGGACAAGAUGGCAGAGAUGGCCGGGAACACCGCGAAGAAGAGGUUCGCGAUCGAUUUGAGGAGCCCCGAGGAGAUGGAGGCCGAUCUGGCCAUGGACUCCGAGGCCUGAGUCCGUUCUCUUCGAACGAGCUCUAUUUCUCCGUCGACGGAAGAACCGCCUCGAGGAUGACACAGGGUACAAUUCGCGGGAGACGACUUUUUUAUUUGUACAGAGCAUAGUUCUAGGCGUAAGUUAGUUGGCGAGAACCGUCCGACGUUCGAGCGGACCCGAGGAUACAGCCGAUCAUCCGUUACUUACGAAUUACGGUAAUGUCUCCCUUACUGACGCUCAUAUUGUCCACUAAAAUGGAAAUUCGGGAAGAGGA